AUGGUCUCCGAAGUUGUUCAGGAGAAGCGUUUCCAAGCCAGGGCUUUUGCACUAUUACCAAUUGCUACUCGAAUGGCCAUAAUUAUCAGCCCACUCGUGGCAGGUUGGACUGUUCAGCUUGAAACAACAGGCCAAGACGACAGUUUUGUGAGGAGACACCCAUAUGCACUGCCUGCCUUACUGAACGCCGGCUUCUUGCUUCUUCUCCUAAUUGCUGCAUUUCUGUUUCUUGAAGAGACUGACGAAGGGCAGACAUCAAAAUCUCUAAGAGGUCGAUUCGACCCUGGAAUCGCUUUCUCCAAGAACUUGCUGUCAUUAUUCCGCUUGGUUCCAUUCAGAAAGGCAGAUGACGCUCAGUACUCACGUAUAAACUCAGAAGAAGAGGAUGGAGAAGAGAUGGGUUUCUUGAAGGAGACUGACGGGAAUGAUCACUCUGGCGCUUCCACACCCCCAGGGGUUCCCGUUACACCACGUGAAAAGAACUUGAAGCUCCCUACACGUCGCAUUUUCACCACUAACAUGCUCCUGGUUCUAUUGGCAACUCUUCUUUAUGAACUCCAUCUUAACAGCGUCAGCGUUGCCAUGGCCAAUAUGCUAGUCGAUCCGGUUUCCACCAAAGAAGCCGAACUGUCAAGAGUUCUGCCAUUCCGCUUCGGGGGCGGCGCCGGAUUUAGGCCGAAGUCUCUUGCCUGGUACUCAACUGUGUUUGGGAUUGUCGGUAUUCCCAUGCAGAUUUUUGUUUACCCUUGGCUUAAUCAGCGCCUUGGCUGCUUGAGACUCUGGCAACUAUUCUAUCUCGGAUUCCCCUUGCUUUACUUUGCAUACCCAUAUGUUGCUGUCAUUCCAUCUUCUACACCGCCUCCAUCCGAAAAGACUGGUGUGGCUGUAUGGGCGUUUUUGGUGGUAAUUCAAACCUCAACAUCUCUCAUUACGAGUGUUGUGACGCCCUCGCAGCUGCUACUGGCGAAUUUCUCCUCGCCUCAUCCAUCGGCACUGGGAAGGACUCAUAGUAUCACGUUCUUCACGUCGAUGGCGGUUCGAGCUGCCAGUUCAGCCAUGGCUGGAAAUAUGUACGCUUUUGGGUCGACACACAACUUGACUGGGGUCAUAUUCUGGUUUAGUAGCGCUGUGUCGCUUAUAGCUAUCAUUGUCACCCGGUUUGUGAGAGAAGGAAAUGGCCAUGAAAUCAAGCUUCUGGGAGAGAACUAA